AUCUUCAUCUUCUUCUUCCUCACAAGCCGCCUCGUCGUCCAUGCACUUGGCAUUGGCUGCGUUGUUCGGAGCUUCAGUAAUGGCGAUCUCCGCCUUUUACAUCCACAAGCGCACCGUCGACCAAGUCCUCGACCGCCUCAUCAAGCUCCGCCGCCGAUGCCCUUCCUCCGCCACCGCCGUCGCCGCCGAUGAUCAGUUGUUCGCUUCCGAAGACGACGGCGGCGGAAGCUAUUUCGUCUCCGAUGGAGAGAUUGAGAUUGAUAGGAACACUGCUAGGUCUUUGGAUGAGAACGUGCUGCUUAGUAGCUACAGAGUUUCGUCUUCAAUGCCGAAUGUAGGUUUAUCGAACCAGUGGUUCGAUGAUGAUGAGGCCAAAUGUUAUCAGUUAAUGCGAUCUGGAAAUCAAGCUUUGUCAAAUUCUUGGGAUAAGUCCAAUUUGAUUCCUUCUAGUCUACCGCCUAAAGAUGGACAGGAUCAAUCUAUGUGGGUGGGAUCAGGUGGUAGGCUAAUGACUCCUAGAUCCUCAGGUGGCUAUGCAUUUGGAAGUGCAGGAGAUUCUGACGAUGAAGGAACAGAGCUUGCUACUGGAGAGGACCUCUACACUUAUGAGAACAUUGACUCUUCAGCUGAAUGUAUAAAUUUAAAUGAUAACAGUUCAAACAUUCAAAAUUUAUCUGCUUCUCCAUUCAAUGAUGACAACAGGAGCUGUAUUCUAGAACAGAAAAAUAGAGCAAUUGCAAAUGAAGCAAAGGAAAAUGUAGAUCAAUAUGGUGAUGGAAAGGCAGAUACAACCUCAAUGCGCAUCAUGGGGAAUGAUCCUAGUUUAACCAACAUUAUUUUACCUCUGACAGCUACAGUGCAUGAGUCAAUGAACAAGGAAGAGGAGGAAGUAUGGAAGAUGAUUCGUGAUUGUUUGGAUUUGCGGGAGAAGUAUGUCUACAGGGAAGUUGCCCCAUGGAUAAAGGCAACUGUGGGAGAAUCUUGUGCAUCUGGAACAAAGAAUGAUCCACUUUGCUUUGUCCCUGUUGAAGCCACUGCUCACCACUUUAGGAUGGAAGACGGAGUUGUACACGUUUAUGCAAGUGAAAACGACUCCACAGAUCUUUUCCCUGUUGCAAGUUCAACAACGUUUUUCACUGAUAUGCAUCACCUCCUAAAAGUUAUGUCCGUUGGAAAUGUUCGGUCUGCAUGCCAUCAUCGAUUACGAUUUCUUGAGGAGAAAUUCCGUCUUCAUCUGUUAGUGAAUGCAGAUCGGGAGUUUUUAGCCCAGAAAAGUGCACCCCAUCGUGAUUUCUACAAUAUCAGAAAAGUUGAUACUCACGUGCACCAUUCUGCUUGCAUGAACCAGAAGCAUCUUCUGCGCUUCAUUAAGUCAAAAUUAAGAAAAGAACCAGAUGAGGUUGUCAUUUUUCGUGAUGGAAUAUAUCUUACACUUAAGGAAGUCUUUGAGAGUCUGCAGUUAACAGGUCAUGAUCUUAAUGUUGAUCUACUGGAUGUGCAUGCUGAUAAAAGUACCUUUCAUCGAUUUGACAAAUUCAAUCUC